UCCUGGCACCUCGCGGAGCCGGAGCUACAACUCGGCCCGGUGUAACGGCUGUGGAAGCUACACGAGCGGCGAGAAGCCCGGAUGUCCACAGGUUGCCGCGACUUUUACCAGAGUCUACCGGGAGCGACAGUGAAAGCGACGCUCGACCAGAGCUCAGAAGCCGGUGUUUGGAUGUCGGGGAAGUGUUUAAGCGCUUAGUGUCAGUACUCUGUGCGCCUCGGUCUCUCUCCCCGGCUUGACCAAUGCUUCUGCACCAGUACAUGAACGGAUCCCUGGAAGUCAUGCCUCCCACGCCGGUCCAGAAAGACACCACGUUCACCAAAAUCUUCGUCGGCGGGCUGCCGUACCACACGACCGACGCCUCGCUCCGAAAGUACUUCGAGGCUUUCGGGGACAUCGACGAGGCCGUGGUGAUCACUGACAGGCAGACGGGGAAAUCCAGGGGGUACGGCUUUGUGACGAUGACCGACCGAGGAGCAGCAGAGCGAGCCUGCAAGGACCCCAACCCCAUCAUAGACGGCAGGAAGGCCAACGUCAACCUGGCGUACCUGGGCGCCAAGCCGCGCAGCCUGCAGACAGGCAUAUCCAUCGGAGUGCAGCCCAUCCACCCGGCUCUCCUCCAGAGGCAGUAUGGGUUGGCCCAGCCGUACAUAUACCCUCAAGCGUACGUGCAGCCCAGCCUGCUGCUGCCUACUCAGGUCUCCGCCUCCGUCAGCGCCAGCCCGUACCUGGACUACAGCUCCGCCUACGCCCAAUACGCUCACGCCGCCUUCGACCAGCAGUACCCGUACGCCGCUUCCCCCGCUGGCUUCCUGGGCUACGGCUACGCCACCAGCCCCACGGCCUCCGCCGGCCCCGCCGCCGCCGCUACCACGGCCGCCGCCGCCGCCGUGCACUCCAGCUUGCCGACGGCCGCCGGCCAGGCCCCGGCCUUCCUGCACUACGCCCCGCAGCAGCACAUCCAGCCGGAGAGGAUGCAGUGAGCAGGGGGGGGGGGGGGAGAGAGAGACGGCGCGGCCGCAGACGGUGAAGGAGGCCGGAGGGUUCUGGACACGAGCCCAAACCCCCUAUAGGGUGCCGCUGCUGUCACCAGCAGCAGAUUUCAGGAAAAAUGUUGGGAUUAUUGCACUAUACGACUAGGAUGGGCUGCUUGCUCAUUGGUACAAGGGGAGGGAGGACUGAUGGGAGUUCAGGAUGGGAAGCUGAACGGCACACAGUAUGUGGUUGCUUCCAAGGGCUUCCAGAACAUGACACUUCAUUUUUUUUAUUCUCAUUAUUAUUAUUAUUAUUAAUAUUAUUUUAUUGUCCUUUAUUAUUGUAUUAAUGUCCUUGUCACUAUUUGUUCGUUUGCCAUUAUUAUCCUUGUUGGCAUCUCCUGUAGCUCAAUCAGCAGAAGCCACUCGUGUCCGUGGCAGAUAUUGACGUCUGCCAGUCGGAGCUAUCCGGGCCGGACGUCGCCGAGAGACGUUUUCUUUGGCGAUUUGGAGACGCAUGCCUCAGGUUGGCCAGCAGAGCUCUGCCUGUUGAACAGACUCCCACUGCGCAGGAAAGUGAGGAGAGAUUUCAACUCGAAGAGGAGAGACUGCGCAGCUUUUUUUUUUUUUUUUUUUUUCAAUAUUUGGUUUGAAGAGGCCUUAAUAAAUAAGUCAGAAAAAGAGUAAUGCCCUUUUGAGUCUCCCGGCCCGUGCCUCUUCACUCCAAACCAAGUUUGUUACUGGGAGCCCCCGUGUAACUGAGCUGGGCUAUGCUAACUUCAAUUUGAUGUAGAUAAUCAAACAGUAUGUGGGGGGGGUGGCAGGAGCUGUGUAUUACGAGAAGAAAGGUUGCCGACACUGAGCACAAACACCAGUGUUUUUUAUUUGUUUUUUUUCUUUAGCGAGAUGCUCAAAAAAAAAAAAA